AUGGCGCUUGCUACACGCUACACUGACAUGAAGUUCCAGCCUGGUGCCAAGCUUGCGCCCGAUGCGAACUUGUCGGACGUGGCGACGGAACGUGGCAUCGAGUUCUUCCUGGUUGCCUUCGUUGACCUGAAAGGCGUGCUUCGGACGAAGAUGGUGCCAGCCAGCGCUAUCAAGCAGAUCCAGCGCGACGGAGCUGGAUUCGCCCCUGCUGCUACUCACUUGGAUUUUGGUCCCCACGCGGCGGACAUGAUUGCUAAGCCUGAUGCAAGCACUCUGCUGCAGGUGCCCUUUCAGCCAGAGCUGGCUGUGGUCAUGGGCGACUGCUACAUUGAGGGCAAAGAGGUUCUUCAGUCUCCACGAGCAGUGCUUCGCAAGCAGAUUGCCGCGCUCCAGAAGCGUGGCUACGUUUUCAAAACCGGGGUGGAGGCGGAGUUCUUCCUCCUGGCGCCGCAGUCUAAGGACAAGCCGCUUGCUGUGUCGGAUGAGGGCGACUCCUUGAGCAAGCCGUGCUAUGAUGCCCAGUCCAUGAUGCGGCGAUAUGCGCUGCUGACCGACAUCGUUUGCACCCUGAACAAGUGCGGUUUCGGGGUCUACCAGACCGACCAUGAGGAUGCAAAUGGCCAGUUCGAGAUCAACUGGCAGUACCAGGACUGCAUGACCACUGCCGACCAGCACAUCUUCUUCAAGUGGGCUGUGAAGACACUGGCUGAACGCCACGGCUUCGUGGCAACCUUCAUGCCCAAGCCAUUCAGCACCUUCAGUGGCAAUGGAUGCCACAUUCACUGCUCAAUGUGGGCCGGUGAGAAGAAUGUUUUCGAGGGCGCGAACGGAGACCUCUCGGAGAUCGCACGCCACUUUUUGGGAGGUGUCCUCGCCAAGGCACCGGCCUACUGCGUCAUCACCAACCCCGUGGUGAACUCCUACAAGAGGCUAAACUCGUCGCCCACGGGCUCUGGCUGCGCUUGGUCCCCCAACCGCGUCUCAUGGAGCGGCAACAACCGUAGUCACAUGGUGCGAAUUCCGGAGGGCGAUCGGUUCGAGCUCCGGCUCGCAGAUGGAGCCGCGAACCCCUACUUACUGCAAGCCACCAUGAUGGCAGCUGGUAUGUGGGGUAUGGACACGAAAGCAGACCCUCAGGGCUGCUACUUUCCAUCCUCCGUGAACAUGUAUGAGAUUCCUGAUGGGGCGCCGGAGCUGAAGAACAUCGCUUCACUUCCUAGGAACCUUUUGGAUGCCAUCCGGGAGCUAGAGGCCGACAAAGAUCUCGCAGCCAGUCUCGGGGAGGACUUCAUGGUGGCUUUCUUGAAGCUUCAGAAGCUCGAGUGGGCUGAGUUCAUGGCUCACCUGUCCAGCUUUGAAGUGGACAGAACCGUGAACUGCUAG